GGUGAGACACAGCGCGCGCGGUGGCGGUUGAGUCGAAGUUCGAGGCUCAGCUCGAGCCGCCGCCGCCGCCGCUGAGGGACGCGGAGCCGCGGGAAGAGGAGUGUGCCUGAAGCAACGUGGGAUGGGAAUGAAAACUGCUGGGAACUGAAUAGACAAGGCCCAGUAUAGUGACAACUGCAUCAUAACAGGACACACCCACUGGGGACAUUUUCUUAACUCUGCCAUGACUUUCAGAUUCACCAUGGAAAAUUUCUCAUGGCUUGGCAGCUAAUACAGUGCCAACAUAACGAGCAGCUUGGAACUUCAAUGUUUGUACCCCUGUUUCAGGUGAUUGUUUGCAGAUGAACCAUAUUGCAGUUAGAAAUGGAUUCUAAAGAGCUAAGAUGGAAGUGUUGUGGCUGCUUCCUGCACUGAGGAUGGAUUAAUGUUCGAACUGCAAACAUUGUGUGAAGAACAGUAUGCAGGAAGCUGGUUUUCGAGCCACAAAUGCUUUAAAAGAGUGCAAAUUCCACUGCGCCAAUGGCAACUGCUUGAAAUUUGGAAACUUGAUCUGCAACCAGCUGAAUGAUUGUGGAGAUAACAGUGAUGAAGAAAACUGUCCAUUAGUAACUGAGCUCCCACCACCUACCAUCUUCAACUCUGAUCAGGAGUUUGUCAAGAUAAUCAUCAUUGUUGUGGUAAUGACCAUCAUGGUAGUUGUGAUCAUCUGUUUGCUGAACCACUACAAACUGUUAACACGAUCCUUUGUAAACCGACAAAGUCAAGGCAGAAGACAAGAGGAAGCUUUGCAGCCAGAAGGGUGUCUAUGUCCGUCAGAAAGCACAGUGUCUCGCCACUGCCCUGCAGAGUUGAUGUAUUCUCCGAGAUCGAGGGACAGGUUUUCGGCCUCACCGUUCAUGCAGAGGGACCGCUUCAGCCACUUCCAGCCCACGUACCCCUACUUACACCAUGAGAUCGAUUUCCCCCCCACCAUCUCACUGUGGGAUGGCGAGGAGCCGCCCCCCUAUCAGGGGCUGUGUACUCUGCAGCUUAGAGACCCGGAGCAGCAGAUGGAACUGAACCGGGAGUCAGUUCGGGCUCCACCCAACAGAACCAUCUUUGACAGUGAUUUGAUAGACAUGUCAGUGUACAACGGGGGUCCUUGCCCGCCCAGCAACAACUCGGGCAUCAGUGCCACCAACUCCAGCAGUAACGGGCUGAUGGAGGGCCCACCCCCCACAUACAGCGAGGUGAUGGGGCGCUAUCCAGGCUCAGCCUUCUUCCAGCACCAGCACCAGCACAGCACGGCUCCCUCUGCACACGAGGAAAAUAGACACCAUUGUCAGCAGAACAAUGCAGAUUGUACAGUUGUCCCAUUCAAAGGGAAGGAAACGCACACAGAAAAAAUCAUUUGACAGUCGGCACAGACUCCUGAAUUGAGGCAGAGGACGGCCAGACUGGGCCAAGCAUCCUGGCACAAGGUUAAUCAGUGGGAACUGCAACCGUUUGAGUAAAACCAAAACAAGUCUGUCUGUCUGUCUCUGAGGGAAACAAACACAUGAUACAUUGAUUCUAACAACACAACUUCCACUUAGUAAAUUAGAGCAUUUGGUAAACAGUUGUUUUUUUUGUAUCCGGAUUAUUUAAUUUUGAAGAAACAAGCACAGACUUUCUGCCUUGGCCGGAGGGUGUUUUUCGUGAUGACAGAAUUGCCAACAAUAGAAGCUGAAGGUAUUUUAGGAGCAAUUGUACAUCACUGGACAGUUUUUUUUUGUAACAUUUUACAAACAAACUUAAGAGAAUUGAAAUUCCUUUUCAAGUGCUAAGACAAAAACGUUGGAGGGAAAAAAAAUGCAAUGGUUUAAAUGUGUUUGUGAAAAAUUGAAAUGUUGCACUAUUUUCUUGUUUGAUAAAAAAAAUGGGGAGUUGUUUUAUGUGAAAAAAUAUCUAUUGUCAUUGUCUUCAUAUUGACGGAACUGAGUGGAAUCACAAGGUGUAGAACUUUCCCAAUUCUGACGUGUGGAGGUUCUCCUUGAUUUCUGGAUCCAGCCCAUUGCCUCCCACCAUACAGGAAAUGGAAAAUUAUAGAGUCCUGUAGCUCAGCUGUUAGAGGC